UAAAAGAGUAGGUAUUGGACCAACUAAUCCAUCCCUCUCUAUCUCUCUGCUUCAAAUGUCCGAAAUCAUUCAUACGUGCAAAAGAAUCCAACACCAGCUGAUGUAGAUCUGAUAUAUCUUCUUGGGGGUUCAUUUUGUUCUUGCUUCCUCGCUAACUCAGCAACUACUGCCCCUGUUUCAUUCAUUCAUGGGCAAGUUUGUCGUCCUUCCCUUCUCCCUCGGCUGCGUCUCUCAGUCGAGCGUUGCGGUCGGCGAAAACCGACACAGGAGAGCACAAGCAGAUGCGCCCUCAGCACUACCAGCCGGUGACAGUUCUUAUGGAGAACCGGGGAAGACGAGGAGCUCGUUCAUGUUUCGUCCACCUCCACGCCCUAACAUCUCUGCGGGGUUUCAGAAGCUCAUCAGGAGCUUCAAGAGCUUGCCUCAGUUGUUCGCAGUGUACGACGAGGAGGAGGAGGAGGAGGAAGAGGUGGUGAUGGAGAUCGGGUUCCCGACCGACGUGCAGCACGUGGCUCACGUAGGGUGGGAUGGCUUCCGCGGCGUGAGCGCCAUGAACUGGGUUAAAGGCCCGGAGUUCCUCCCCGUCCCCUCCCUCUCGAUGAGGCAGCUCGAGGUGGCGGCCAUGGCCACACAGACCGGCUUCCCUCCGCCCCAUGGUCCCCUGGGGCUCGACCACAUGCAGUGAGGUGUAGUUUCCCCUUUGUUGUCUUCUCUCUCUUCUUUGGUUCUUCUUCUUGCCAUCUUCUGGUGAUGGCCAGGAGGUCUGCAUGUGAACUCAUAUCAUAGCUUUGUUCUCCUGUAAUACCUUCAAACUUCACUGGUACUUCUCGUCUGCUAUAUUUGAGCUUGACAUAUGAGAUCAA